AUGGAAGACAAUGUCCGCCACAGUUGUGAGCACUGUGGCAAGAACUUUCCCAGCUAUGUCGCCUUACUCACACACAAGCUGUCACACAAGCUCUCAGCCUCUUACAAGUGUGAUGUGUGCCACCGUACGUUCCGUGAAAAAAGGUAUCUCCAGAAGCACAAGCUCACACAUAAAGGAGUCAAGAGUUGGAAGUGUGAUAUCUGCAAGAAAGCCUUUGCAACCAAGCUGACACUCAUUCGCCACUCUCACGUGCACCUGCGGGAGGCCCUGCGGCCAGGCACACCACUGCUCAAGUGUGGACUGUGCAACAGACUCUUUGUGCACAAGAGUGAUAUCAUCCGACAUAAAGUUAUGCAUUCUUUUAUGUUCACUUGUGAUGUCUGUGGCCGUAACUUUCAUAAGAGAUCAUUAUUUAUUAUGCACAAAAAGAAACAUGUUGAUGACAAACCCUUUAAAUGUGAGUGUGGUAAGAGUUUCUCCACCAGUGGGAACUAUAACACUCAUAAAAGGAUUCAUAGUGGUGAGAAACCUUACAAAUGUGAUCAAAAUGCACAGUGGGAGAAGCCCUUCCAAUGUAAUACAUGUGGAAAGUACUUUGCCAAUGCAGAGUCUGUCAAGAUCCACAUGAGGAUCCACACUGGAGAGAGACCCUUCAAGUGUGGUAAUUGUGGCAAGACCUUCAUCAACAACAGCAGCCUGAACCAGCACAUGCGGGACCACAUUCGUGAGGAGAUGUUUAAGUGUGACAUGUGCAGCCACAAAUUCCGCCGCGAGCACCACCUGGCUAAGCACAGGCAAAUCCAUCACCUGAGACCCCAAUACUCCAACACUGGAAUGGGUUUAGAAGCUGAUGGUAAUGUGGAAGCCCACUUGUACAUGUGUGAGAUCUGUGGACGAGUGUUUGAUAAGAAGAAAUACCUUUACACACAUCACAAUGUACAUUCUCGCCAGAGGAACUUCCCAUGCAAUGUUUGUGGCAAGCAGCUAGCUUCCCGCUUGGCACUUAAGAACCACAAUCUCAUCCACACGGGUCAAAUGCCCUUCAAGUGCCCACUGUGUGACAAGGAAUUCCGAAGCUCGUCCAACCAGAAGCGGCACACACGGACGCACACAACGCAGGAUGUGUUGCGAUGUGAUGUAUGUGAUGAGACCUUCUACAGCACCGACCUUUUAAGCCAGCACAAAGCCACCCACAUGCAAGGGAUGAUGAUGAUGAACCCGGUGUGGAGGGGUCACCAGCACAGAUAA